UGAAAUUUAACACGCUUCUUUCAGUUAAUGGUAUUCAAAACCACGGAGUUUACGGUAAAUCUUCUAUUGAAGAAUCUGUCGACGUUGCUAAUGUUCGUGGGCUCUGUCAUAAAGUUCAAUUCGUUUUGGUAUAACUUCAACACAAUUAAGGACUUUAUGGAACGCGUGAAACACGACUGGAGCACGAAACACGAAGACAUGCUUAAAAUCUUAGAGAGUCGGGCCACCGCGGGAAGGUAUCAUGCUACGUGCUACUGUAUGUUUCUUCUGCCAUCGGCAUUGUUUAUCAUGACAUGUCACAUAGCAUCUUUCAUUCUAAUCAAAGAGACUGGGAACGGGACUCGAACAAACUAUUUUCCAAUAAUGACGGAAUACAUGAUCGACGAGGAAAAGUACCUGUACCUCAUUGUAUUCCAUCAGAACUUAUCUUUGUUCAUAUGCGCAAGCGUAUUCAUGGGUACGGAAACAUUGUACAUUAUGUGGCUGCAUCACGCCGCCAGCCUGUUCGAAAUCUCUAGGUAAAAAGUUCUAAUUACUGUAUGGAAGUCUCACAGGCAAAGCACAUUAAUCAUCGCACUGUACAGAACCAUUGUUAUCCUAUCACUUUGCCAGAGUUCCUUUGGCAGCGCAUUGUUUAUCUAGGCGUCACGGUUUUAUCAAACAGCAAUGUAUUCAUAUCGUGGAUAGUUCAUCCGUCAGUUAUGAAUUAUUCAUGAAUAGUCGGUGCAUCGUACGGUGUGUCAACAAAGGAGCUUGGGUUUUCGAUGCAAUUCUGAGUAAAUAAAAGUUGCUGAUCAAGGAAGGUUUUCUCAAACGAAGCACCAUCCGACAUUUUUGCAAAGGAAAUUGUUGUUUAGAAUCGUCUCAGUUAUUCCCCAUUUCCAGUUCUUGCUAUUGUAAAUUGUAAUCAUGAGAAGAACUGUCACCUCAAUCGACUAAAGAAAUACUGAAAUUACAGCGCAUAUGUAAAUGAACUUCUUGCUGUAAUUUACAGUUACCAUAUCCAAGAAGCAGUAUCCAAGGGAUCUGUUCAGCAGAACGAUUCUCAAGAGCUAGUGGAUUUUAACAGUAAAAGGUCUAUAAUAAGCGCAGUAAUUGCGCAUAGGAAGGCGACAAGGUCAGUAUUUGCUCGAUGAUAUCACAUUUACGUGUAAAUUACAUAUUUGCUUUUACAUACGAAGCACACCACCAUUUAAUCUUUCCACGCGAUUACAUUUUAAACCAUUGAGUUCAGAAACAAAUGUUUUAGAAUAU